CAAAAAUUCAAACAGCCCAAAGGGAGAGAGAGGGCCAGCCCAACGCCGCAUCGCUGCCGACAAUACGCGGGCCGCGUGCCUUCUUUUCUUCUCGUCGCGAAUCCCUCAGGGCCGUCGGCUGCAUCUCCCCCCGGCUUCCCAACCCCCCCGGAGGAGUCCGAUAAACUUGUUUGCCGCGUGCUGCCUCGACCCGUCAAUCACCCGCCACGAUGAGCACCUCCAUGCGCGACUUGAUCUCCGGCGAGGCGGAGCUGGACGACGAAGAGGACGACGAGUCCUUCGACGAAGAAACCGGCGAGGAGCGCCGGAGGAAAAAUGGCGCCGGCUUCGAAGACUCGAGCGAAGAGGAGGAGGAUGACGAUGACGAGGAGGAGGCAAGAAAGAUCCGUGAAGGUUUCAUUGUCGAUGAGGAUGAGGAGGAAGAGGGCGGGGAGGGCUCCGAUGGUGAGGAUCGUCCGAUCAAGCGAAAACGAGAACAUCGCGAUCGUGAGGAAGAGGAGCGCCUCGAUGAAGACGACUUGGAGCUCAUCGGAGAGCAAUUCGGGGAGCGGCCGAAACCACAGACGCAGUCCAAGUUCAAGCGACUCAAACGGGGUCAUCGCGAUGACGACGAACCGGUGAACGAGCGUCGCGGCCUCGAGGAAAUCUUCUCCGAUGAGGACGAGGAAGUGGCCGAGCAGCGGCCGUACGGUCGGUCCAACUUUCGGGCCCAGGCUGACGAGUUUGACGACUUCAUCGAGGAGGAUUUCCCUGAGGACGAGGACGAGCGUAUGCGACAGCUGGAAGAUGCCGAAGUGGCUCGUCCGCGCGAUAGGGGUGUUGGGACGAUUGUCGAUACGACCGGCUUGGACAAGGACGCCCUGGACGACAUGGAAGCCAUCUUCGGAAAUGGCGAGGACUACGACUGGGCGCUCCAACUGGAGGACGAAGAAGAGGACCGCGAGCGAGAGGAGCAGGCCAUCGAGCUCAAGGACGUUUUUGAGCCCUCACAGCUGAAGGAGAAGCUUCUCACGGACGAAGACAACGAAAUCCGAUUCACCGACGAGCCCGAACGAUUCCAGCUCGACCGCAAGCCCUUCAAGAACCUGCAGCUCACAGCAGAACAGUUCAGGGAGGAGGCGCGAUGGAUCACGACCCUGCUCUGGCCGAAAAAAGGUCUGAGCCAAGAACUCCAGGCUCCCUUCGGCAAAGCUGUGGGCAAGGUUCUCGAAUUUUUCAUCGUCGACGAGGUAGAAGUACCGUACGUCUUCCAGCACCGCAAAGAUUAUCUGCUCCAUUCCAAGAAGAUCCGGAGAUCAACACGCGACGACCCUGAUGCUCCGGACUAUACCAUCCAGUCCGACAAACUCCUGAAUCAGGACGAUCUCUGGAAGAUCCUUGAGCUCGACAUAAAGUUCCGCUCCUUUGUCGAGAAGAGGAAUUCGCUUGAGCGUACAUACGAGAACCUCAGAGAACUCGAAGUUUCUGACCCGAUUGUGGAAGAAAUGGUCCCGGAGGCGACGACCAUGGAGGAACUGCAGGACCUGCAAGAUUACUUGCAUUUCCAGUAUGGCCCAAAGCUCAAGGACCUGGCAGCCAUGUCCGGCAAUGUCUCCCAGACCAAGCGUCCAGGGUCCAAGUCUUCGCUUUACGACCGCGUCCGCAACGGCAAAGCCUACUACUUUGUGAAGGCUUAUGGCAUAACGGCAGAUCAACUCGCGAAGAAUGCAUUGCGCCAAGGCAAAAAGGUCACGCCUGACGAUGUCGAGCAGUAUCCGAUGGACCUGGCCGACAGUCUCAUUGACGAUAGCUUCAACACUGGAGACCAGGUCAUCAAUGCCGCGCGGCAGAUGUACUCGGAGGAACUGUUUGCUAGCCCGCGGAUGCGCAAGUACUUCCGGAGCUCUUAUUAUCACAAUGCUGAAAUCAGCUGUCGGCGCACCGACAAGGGGCUGCGCAAGAUUGACGACUCACACCCUUAUUACGAGGUCAAGUAUCUCCAGAACCAGGCGAUCGCAGACCUCGUUCAUCAGCCUGAAUUGUUUUUGAAGAUGAUGAAGGCUGAAGAAGAGGGCCUGGUUGACAUCAAGGUCGAGAUGUCGCCUCACUACGAUUUCCGUCGGCUGCUCUACCAAGAGUUCGAGUCGGAGAACUUCAGCGACCGGGCCGAGCAGUGGCGAGAGGAGCGCAAGAGGGUUCUCGAUCUUGCGUACCCCAAACUAGAAAAGGUCAUUGUCAAGAACGUCAAGGAGGUGAUCAGGACGUUUUGCCAAGACGAAGUCCUCAGAAUGUGCAGGCAAGAAUUCUACAGGAAGCUUGACCAGGCGCCUUAUAAGCCGAAGGGGAUGAUCCUCGGAACCACCCCCCGCGUCCUCACCCUAUCCAACGGCAUGGGCGAUCCUGCUCGCGAGCCGGUGUGCUGGGCGUGGGUCGAGGAAGAUGGCCGUGUCCUUGAGCAGGGUAAGUUUGGCAACCUCGCUCGUGACGAGUCACAGCGGGACCAGUUCGUGGAACUUGUGCAGCGGCGGCGACCUGACGUUAUUGGCGUGAGCGGCUGGUGCGCCGAGACACAAAAGCUGGUACGCGAUCUGGAAACGCUCGUCAGCGAGAAGGGCCUCAUGGGUCCCGAGUUUGACGACCCCGAGACCAAUGACUACCGCACUGAACCUUUGGAGGUCAUUGUUGUGGACGAUGAGGUUGCACGUCUAUACAAGGACAGCCCUCGGGCUCUCGCAGAACAUCCGUCACUCAACCCUGUCACACGGUACUGCAUUGCGCUUGCGCGCUACAUGCAGAACCCCAUGAAGGAGUAUGCCGCGCUCGGCAAGGACGUUUCAUCACUAUCCUUCCAUCCUUGCCAGCAUAUGCUUCCUCAAGAGAAGCUGACAAAGUACCUCGAAUCCGCCAUGGUCGAUACGGUCAACAUGGUCGGUGUCAACAUCAACGAUGCCAUGAACGACACGUAUACGGCCAAUCUCUUGCCGUACGUUGCAGGCCUCGGGCCCCGAAAGGCGACGAGCGUCAUCAAAGCCAUCAACACCAAUGGCGGCUCUGUCACAACGAGGGAUGAACUCGUCGGUGACCCCGACACCGGCAAGGUGCCCGUCGUGGGCCCGAGGGUGUGGAAUAACUGCGCAAGUUUCCUCUACAUCGACUACGACGCGACGAACCCAUCAUCGGACCCGCUAGACAACACACGUGUCCACCCGGAAGACUACGAGCUCGGCCGCAAGAUGGCUGCCGAUGCUCUGGAACUGGACGAAGAAGACGUCAAGGCUGAGACGGACGAGAACGGCCCGGGCGCCAUCGUCCGCAAACUGUUCAAGCAGGACGAGCAAGAACGUGUCAACGAGCUGGUCCUUGACGAGUACGCCGACCAGCUGCUGAAGAACUUCAACCAGCGGAAGCGGGCAACGCUCGAGGCAAUCAGCGCCGAGCUUCAGGCGCCGUACGAAGAAUUGCGGAGGAGCUUUGCGCUGCUGACACAGCCGGAGAUUUUCACAACAUUCACGGGCGAAACGAAGGCGACCCUUUGCGAGGGAAUGAUUGUGCCCGUCAACGUACGCCUCGUACGCGACGACUUUGCCAUCGUGAAGCUAGACUGCGGCAUCGAGGGCCGGGUGGAGGCGCACGAGGUGACAAACCGGCCAUCGGUCAAGGACGUGCUCAGCACGGGCCAGACGGCGCAAGCAAAAAUCUUGGAGAUGAACUACAAGGACUUUAUGGCGAAGCUGUCGAUGCGAGAAGACUCGCUGCGCGUCCCGUACAAGCGGCCCAUUAACUACGGCCGAGACGGCUGGGACUACUCACUCGAAGCUAAGGAUAAGGACGAGCUGCGGGAGAAGGACAAGACGACGGGGCGCACGCAGCGCGUGAUCAAGCACCCGAACUUCAAGCCGUUCAACUCGGUGCAAGCCGAAGAAUACCUCGGGUCGCAACCGUCGGGCGAAGUCAUCGUCCGUCCGUCGUCAAAGGGCAACGACCACCUGGCAGUCACGUGGAAGGUUGCCGACAACGUCUACCAGCACAUUGAUGUCUUGGAGAUGCAGAAGGACAACGAAUUCUCAGUCGGCAAGCUCCUACGCGUAGGCGGCAAGUACACGUAUAGCGACCUGGACGAACUGAUUGUCGACCACGUCAAGGCCAUGGCGAGGAAGGUCGAGGAGAUGAUGAGGCACGACAAGUUCCAGAACCGGUCAAGAGGCGAGACGGAGAAAUGGCUGACGACGUAUAUCGACGCCAACCCUAACCGGUCAACAUAUGCGUUUUGCAUCGACACAAAACACCCGGGGUACUUCUGGCUGUGUUUCAAGGCCAGCCGGACCGCUCGAGUCAUCGGUCUGCCGGUGCGCGCCAUUCCUCAGGGAUACGAGCUCAAGGGGUACCAGUACCCCGACAUGCGAGCCUUGUGCAAUGGCUUCAAGCUGCGAUACCAGAAUGAGUUCUCCAAGAUGGGAACAAAAUAAGCGGCGCAGAUGAGACUGGUUCGGCUCGGGGUUGCUGAGCCGUGUUUGUGGGAGUUUAUGCUGUAUAUUUAGUUUCCCUCUUGGCCUUGGUUUCACGUGCAGGAGGGUCACAGACGGACUGGACAGCGCAGGUCUGAGAGCAUGAUAGAACACUAUGACAAUACAUGCCGUGACGCGAUUGACUCGA